CCACUAGUAUGUACAGUAAAGUGUGGUUAGAGUUCACGUCUUCUGCUGACAGAUCGGUUGACAAUUUCACGAAAGUUGAGGCGAUUUUUGUAUAAACCGUUGAUGUACGAGCCGCGACACAACGGACGUAAUUUAAUUUCGCAAAUUUUCACGUAAUUCAUGCGCCGAGCUUGCACGAGAAAUGUUCUUCAAGAAGAUCUUGAUGCCGUGCGGGCUAUGCGCGGUGCCCGUGCUGAAGCCGGCGAGCACGUCGGAAGACAGGAUGCCUCGCAGUGACGAGCCGGGAGUCAGGAAGCUGAUCAGACCGUCCGAACUACCUAUUUAUUCCUUUGAAGACGAUUACUCUAAACAGAGCCCAUGUACAGAAUGCCCGCCCUCGGCCCUGGAGCAGAGCGUGUCCAAAAUUCGCAGGUCGAUUCAAGCAGCUGCGUCGGGGUAUCAACGUUACACCGGCGUCGUUUCGGAUACCAUCGACAUCGGUUUUGAACACAGCAGAUCUCUUUUAGAUUAUCUACGCGAGGAAAGUAACGUUAUGCCACGAAUGGGCGCUAUCGCUAUCGGUGGAAUCGCCGGGCUGGUGCUUGGACUCAGAGGACGCAGGUUCAAACGGAUAGUGUAUUCUAGCGCGGGCGCUCUUUCCAUGGCGGCUGUCUGUUAUCCCAAGAAGGCGGAGGAGGGAUUCGACAUGGCUAAGCAUUACGCGAACGUCGGCUACAAUUUCAUUUACGGUGUCAAACCGGGUGACAAUCGACAGCUGCAAAUCACAUUGCCGGAAAUGCCGAAAGCGCCAACAUCUUUUUCGGAAUUUGUAGACUUAAUGAUUGUCACAGGUUCAGCGGCGGCUACCGCUGUUGGUAGCUUUGCGCAGAAUGCAUACGCAUCUUUGAGCGAUAACAAGGAGAAAAACAAAUCAACAGCCAAAUUAGACACUAAGCAAGAUUAGGCGUUUUGCGAUAAUCACAAAUAGUACGCCGUAGCAAAGAAUGUAUAAAAGUUUUAUCCAUAAUGUUUUGGAGGAAAAAAUUAUGAUUUGUUUGAAAAAUAAAUUGUACAUUGCAGUGUAUGAAAUAUUAUUCAACUUUACAUUAUAGUCUCUACACACUCCUGUUCCUAUAUACACAUAUAUAUUACGCUAAUGAAAAUUGUAAGAAUUGCAAUUCGUGAAAUCAAUAAAAAAAGGAAGUGCA